AAUGACAAUGGAUGCCAUCUUGGCUUGGUUGAAACUCUUGAAUCCAGAUGACCUUAGAGAAGAAAUUGUCAAAGCUGGAUUGAAAUGUGGACCCAUUACAUCAACCACAAGGUUCAUUUUUGAGAAGAGGUUGGCUCAGGCUUUACUAGAGCAAGGAGGUUCACUGCUUUCCUCUCUUCCUGACCACGGCAAGACGGGUGCCAGAGCUCUGAGCCAAGACACACCAAGGAUUUUGAAGUCUGCUGUAGGGAACCUGACUGAGCAGGCCAAUUUUUCUGAAGAUAGAGAUUUUGGUUAUAGUGUAGGCUUGAAUCCUCCAGAGGAGGAUGCCAUGAUAUCUAAGACCUGCUCGGUACCCAUCAGUGCCACAGCUGGGGUAGACACCUGCAAAGCUGGAGUGACCGCCUCCAGGGAGCCGCCUCUGUACUAUGGGGUGUGCCCAGUGUAUGAGGAUGUCCCAGCGAGAAAUGAAAAGAUCCAUGUUUAUGAAGAUAAAAAGGAAGCAUUGCAAGCUGUCAAAAUGAUCAAAGGGUCCCGAUUUAAAGCUUUUUCAACCAGAGAAGAUGCUGAGAAAUUUGCUAGAGGCAUUUGUGAUUACUUCCCUUCUCCAAGCAAAACCUCCUUACCACUUUCUCCUGUGAAAAUAGCACCACUCUUUAGCAAUGGUGGGUUAAAAGAUGGUUUGUACUUAUCUGAAUCAGAAACAGCAAACAAAGAGCGAGCGAACAGUUAUAAAACUCCCCGAACUCAGGACCUCACUGCCAAGCUUCGAAAAGCUGUGGAGAAGGGAGAAGAAGACACCUUUUCCGAUCUUAUCUGGAGUAACCCCAGGUAUCUUAUUGGUUCAGGGGACAACCCAACCAUUGUACAGGAGGGAUGCAGGUACAAUGUUAUGCAUGUUGCUGCCAAAGAAAAUCAGGCGUCUAUCUGCCAGCUGACUUUGGCGACUCUGGAAAAUCCUGAAUUUAUGCGGCUGAUGUACCCAGAUGAUGAUAUGGGCAUGCUGCAGAAACGCAUUUGUUACAUUGUUGACCUUUAUCUGAACACUCCUGACAAAAUGGGCUAUGACACACCGUUGCAUUUUGCUUGUAAGUUUGGGAAUGCAGAUGUGGUCAACAUCCUUUCUUCACACCCUUUGAUUGUAAAAAACCCAAGGAAUAAAUAUGAUAAAAUGCCUGAAGAUGUAAUUUGUGAAAGAAGCAAAAAUAAGUCUAUGGAACUGAAGGAGCGGAUUAGAGAAUAUUUACAGGGUCACUACUACGUGCCGCUUCUGAGAGCAGAAGACACUUCUUCUCCAGUCAUUGGGGAGCUGUGGUCCUCAGACCAGACAGCUGAGGCUUCUCACACUGGCCGCUAUGGAGGCAGCCCUAGAGACCCUGUGCUGACCCUGAGAGCUUUUGCAGGGCCUCUGAGUCCAUCCAAGGCAGAAGAUUUUCGCAAACUCUGGAAAACUCCACCUCGAGAGAAAGCAGGCUUCUUUCACAGUGUCAGGAAAUCUGACCCAGAAAGAGGCAUUGAGAGAGUGGGAAGGGAGCUAGCUCAUGAGCUAGGAUAUCCCUGGGUUGAAUACUGGGAAUUUCUGGGCUGUUUUGUUGAUCUGUCUUCCCAGGAGGGCCUGCAAAGACUAGAAGAAUAUCUUGCUCAGCAUGAAAUGGGCAAAAAGUCUCAACAAGAAACAGGAGAAAAUGAAGCCUGCUGCCCAGAUAAAGCCUCCAGCUCUGGCAGUGGGAAGAAGUGCAGCAAUUCCAUUUCUGUGGGGGCGUUUCUAGAUGAAGAUGAUGACGUGAGCUUGGAAGAAAUUAAAAAUCGGCAAAAUACAGCUCGAAAUAAUAGCCAGCCCACAAUCAAUGCUUUCAGAGACUCAGGGAUCGGCGUCCUUUCCCUGGAGCAGAAGGCAGACUUUAUAGAAGCCGCAGACCCAAACAGUCCCCACAGCAACAGAAAUGGGUUCUUUAGUCCUCUGAGUCACAGCAAGAGCCCGGAUGGAAGGAGACCAAAGGCCCCCAGCGGGGAGGAAGCCUUUCUGUCACCUCUCUCUAAUUUGACUGUUGAAUUUGAUAAGCUGAAUUUGCAAAAUCUAGGCAGUAGCUUUUCCAAGACAUCAAAUAAAAAUUUUAUAAAAACUAAAGAUAAGAUCCUGACUUCAAGAAUGGACACAUUAGAAAGUGACUUAACACCUUCUCCUGCAGACAAACUUGGAAAUAACCGAAUAAGGACAGAAAGUGAAAUGUCAGCUGGAAUUGCUAAAAUGUCUGUAGGUCCUAGCAGUUCUGGGCACAAGUCCUGGUCUGCGCUGGCUCCUGUGUCCUGCCCCAUCACGAGGGAACCUGCCAAGAGGCUCUUCCUUUUUGGAGAGGAGCCAUCAAAACUAGAUCGGGAUGUUUUGGCAGCUAUCGAAUGUGCAGAUAUCGAUCCUCAUCAGUACCCAGCUGUCCACAGAUGGAGGAGUGCCGUCCUGUGCUACUCACCCUCAGACAGACAGAGUUGGCCAAGCCCUGCGCUGAAAGGAAAGUUCAAGUCUCAGCUGCGGGAUCUCAGUUGCCCUCCCAGCUGCAAUCAGGGGAGAAGUGAUCCUGCAAGGGGCAGCCCUGGGAAGCCUGGCCACGCCUCCUACUCCCCUGGCCUGGGCAGCCCUGGGCGCUACAGCCCCGCACAUGGGAGCCACUUCCGCCGGAUGGCGCACCUGACUGAGCUCGCUGACCUUUAGAGGCAUCACUCACGGUUGGGGCUCUCAUUUCAUUCUUCAUUUUUAAAGAAAGAAGAGUAAUAUGUUUAUUGCUAAAAUUUCACAAAAGAAUAUAUUCUGUUUAACUUAUUAAUCCUCACUUUGAGGGUAUAAGAAUUUUAGAAAAUGUAAAUGUUCUAUAUAAAAAUUUAGAUAGUUUGGAAGAAGUUAAUGAAAGUCAGAUACAAAUUUUCUGGAAAAUGUCAAUGUAGUAAUGAUACAGACCUUUUAGGCAGCAAUUCGUAGGUUUGAAAUGUAACAGAGAAAAGGGUACUAAGGCAGUUUACUAACAGGUAGUCGUGUGGUUACCAGAAAACCUGGGCAGGUGCUCCAGAUGUGGAAGGGGAGUUGGCUAAAUUGUGGGAAUCGACAUUCCUGCUGUACCACACUUACUUCAGCCCAUUUUUAAAAACAGAUGAAUUGUAUGUCGUCGUGCCUUUUACUGGGGAGCCUCAUAGACUUCCUGGCACAGGAUGAUGGCAAUAGCCCUUUUGGUUUGCCAGCUUAUCUGAGUCGUUCAGAUGAAGUGAGAAGCUAGAUGGCAAAGAGCAAGUGAACCUUGAAUGUGUCUCAGACUUGCAGCAGUAUUUAUAGUUUGAGUUGUUAAAAACAUUUGAAUUACUGAUCAGAAGAUAAAAGUAGCAGCCAUUGGGAGUCAUGCAAACAGUCACACAGAAGUCACCAGCAAUAAUUAAAAGGUAUUUUUUAUUUCUCACCAGCACUUGAGCUUUCACGGUCAAUGCUUUAUUUAGUUGCAGUGUAGUGAUAAUCUGUAAGUUAUUCCCUAGUUUUGAAAUUUAUUCUAAGGACUUGCUGAGCAUAAAUGAUUAUGUGGCAGAUUAUAUAUGUGUAUCCCUUAUUUCAGAAUUUAUAAAAGAGCAGUAUGUUAUAGUACAGAAACUAUAGGGUUACUUUAGUCCCACUUCACUUACUUGUAAUGUUGUUUAUUUUAGCCUUUACGUCUGGAGGGUCUGUACAUGCGGAAGGGCAGUAUAGCACCGUGUGCCAAGGUGCCUGAGACAAAAUAACCUUGUUGAAGGCUGAUUUCUUCCUGGGAGUUAUAAAUGACUGCUCACACACAAGCGGUAUUCUGUGAACAUUUCCAGUGUUUAAUCCAAAAUAAAAAACUGUACCAAUGCUUUUGCUAACUUCAGUGCCUUUUGUAAAUCAUUUUUAAUUUUCUUGAACUUGCUUUUUGAGAGUAUAUGGUGAUACUAAGUAGUUGUAAGAUCCUUUUUCAUUCAUAAAAAUUCUGAAUUGAAACUUGUGUAAAAAGCCUUUUUUCACAUGUUAAGAGUUCAGGAAUACUGAAAUCAAAAUUUAGAUUUUAAAAUUCAAGUUUAUUACAAAGCGUGUUUUUGUUUGUUGUAUAGCAGACGAGAUAUAGAUACAAGACAGAAAAGAUACAUUGUGACAGUUUAAAAAGUCAUCUUUGUUCUUAAAAGAAAUCAGAAUACAGAUAUUCACAGUGAUGGUAUGUUUUCUCUAAAAUCUUACCGUAUUGUCCUGUAUAUUGUUGUAAAUAUUAAAAGUGGUUUUGCCCUAAUAUUGCAGACUGCUCUUCCUAUUUUCUGAAGUUUUAGGCCUUUGACUAUUUCUCCAUUUGUACAAGGUGAUACCAGUCCCAAUGAAUGUGUUACAUAUGUCCCAGGUGAUUUUUAUGUCUUUUAAAAAACUACUAAUUAAAGAAAUUGUUUUU